GUGAGUAGCCAUAUUGACAACAAAUCGUGAAAUUAUGGAUUCUUUUUAUUUCUGCAUUGCCUUGCUGUAGUUUUAACAUUAAACUGUAACAAUGUCAGUCAGUGGCAGCAGCGUCAAAGAUUCUAGUAAAACUGGAUUCUGGAAAAGAUCAAGUACUGUGCCAGGAAGCGGUAAACCUGUUUAUGGAGCUCAACAUCCACCCAUUCAGCAACCCAUAAGCUCAAACUUGAAGAAAGAUGAAAAGAUGAAAACUGCAAAGACUGGUGACUCAUUCCAAGACUUUCAGAACAAGACAGAAGAUGCUUGGGAUGAUGGCGACGAUGAUUUGAUGAUUGAUAUGGCCAAUAUUCGAAUGUCCAUGAAAGAUAUACAGUCAACCGCUAAACAGGUCUUGGACAACCAUAGUCAGCAGACUCGUAAUGCAAACUUGAAGUAUUCUGGUACAGCCCCAGGCUCAGGGGGUCAUCACAAGGCCGGCCCUGGGGUCGGGGUUCGUCUGAACAACACAUGGCAGCCACCAAAACCAUCCCCUAUACGCUACACGCAGAACUCAGCUGUGGAUAAGGAGGCAAACAAGUUAGAGAAAAUCAAAGCAAUUUUGGCAGGUCCAAAUACAAACAUUGUUGAACUUCAGAAGUUGAGCUGGUCAGGUUUACCAAAGAGCGUUCGACCAACUUGUUGGAAAAUACUUUCAGGUUAUCUACCGGCCAAUUUCGAGCGUCGGGCAAGCAUGUUACAACGAAAACGCCAAGAAUAUUUCAGCCUUAUAAAUCAGUAUUACGAAACACGGCAUGAUGAUCAACACCAGGAGACUUUUAGACAGAUACUUAAGGACGUCCCGAGAAUGACUUCACUUGCUCAUUUGUUUCAAGAGAAACGAAUACAAGAAAUAUUUGAGCGUAUUUUAUACAUCUGGGCGAUUCGGCAUCCAGCGAGCGGCUAUGUACAGGGGAUUAACGAUCUCGUUACGCCUUUCUUCGUCGUCUUCCUGUCUGAAUACAUUGAAAACGAUGUAGAAGUAGAAAAUAUCAAUCUUACGGAAUUGCCGGAAGAUACAUUGAAUGUGAUCGAAGCUGACACGUUUUGGUGUACGUCAAAGCUGCUUGACGGAAUUCAGGACAAUUACACAUUUGCUCAGCCUGGCAUUCAAACCAAGGUCAACGCCCUCAAAGAGUUGGUGAAACGAAUAGAUAUACAGCUUCAUACUCACCUGGAGGAACAGUGUAUUGAGUAUCUACAGUUCGCGUUCCGAUGGAUGAACAAUCUUCUCAUGCGAGAAAUCCCGCUACGAUGCAGUAUACGACUCUGGGAUACUUUCUUGUGUGAAAACAACGGCUUUGCUGACUUUCAUCUGUACGUGUGUGCAGCGUUCUUGACACGAUUCUCGAAGGAUCUGCUGCGAGAAAGGGACUUUCAGGGAAUAUUGAUGUUCCUUCAGAAUUUACCCACUCAUCAUUGGCAUGACGCGGAAAUCGGUGAACUGUUAGCCGAGGCCUAUAAACUGAAAUACAUGUUUGCAGACGCUCCCAGUCACCUUUCGAAAAAGUCCUGACAGGGGCGUUGAACUAGUUAUAGGAUAAAAAAUUCCAUCUGUCCGAGUCAGUGGCUAAAGACCACAGCAAAUCUUCGCAGAAGUGGAUGUACUCUUGUGUUGGAAUUUUUCAUAUGUCAGUGGGAAAUAAGCUGAGCAUUAUUGUUCACAGAAGUGGAUUUGCUGUUAUGUUAAAAAAUGGCAGACAGGAUCCAUACAGCUAUCGCUGUGUUGAGCAAGGGCAGACCUCAUUCUAUGAGGUGACUUGAGCAGUUUAGUCACCAUAGCUGGCGGCGACUUCACUAUUUUCAAACAUUGAAUGAUGACAGCUGUGCUGAACCUUUUUAGUGCAUAUGAAUAUAUUUAAAUACAUGUGCAUACUAGUUCUUUUAUGUGACAAUAUCCCAAGGCCAAAAAAUAUAGUUUGGUUAGGUUUUCAUCCAUUUCAAAAACAGGUAGGGUAGGUAAGCUUUUUGAAAAAAGAAAAGAAAAAAAGUAUUAUGCUUUAGGGCUAUUCCAGUUAAACAUAUGUCCCACCCCAGGACGGCAAAAUAAAGAAAUUCUGUAGGGGGUAGGUCUUUUUCUUAAUUUGCUACUGUAGGGGGUGGUGAUAAGUCCUUAUAUAAGGAAGUUAUUGUCAUCAUUGGAGAAUGGUGUUAAAGUUAUCUUCAAUAUAAAGCGUUAAAUGUUUUAAACUACAUAUUAAAACACACAUUUUUUCAUUGUUUAUUUUUUUACUAACCGACUAUAAAAACAGUAGGGUAGGCACCUAUAUUAUAAGUAGGUGAAGGUUACUUUUGGCCGAAGCGAAAUUGAGGCGUGAGAAAGUGACGUUUUCAUUUUUGCGAGGGUUCUUGCCUCAUAAUAAGGUUAUAACAACUAUUUGUUCAUAUUAUUCGAAAAGGCUCUUUAUUUUGAUAUAACACAUUGUUAUGAGAUUUUUUAAACUCAAUCUUGGUUUAAUUUAUUUUUGUUGUGUACGUUAAUACCUCAAGAGUACUCAUUUUCACAGGUGACGUCACAAAAGUUCACAUUCUGACAAAAAGAAGUGAAGUGAAUGUCACUGAAGCCAGCAAUAUCUUGCUGAUACAUUUGCUAAAAAAAAUCUUAGACAAAAUAUCUAUUUGAUAUAUUUUCUGAACACAUAUUUUAGUGUCAAAAUAUUGGCAUUGCCAUGUGUAGAGAAAGUAUGCAUAACACCUUAGCUAAGAUUUUCGACUGAAACUUGGUACAAAUCUUGUGAGAGACAAUGCGCACAUGUACUGCAAGUUUCAUAACUCUGGCUUCAAUAUAACUGUCCAGUAAAGCCCCUCGUUUGACUGCAAAGAAUCAAUAGACAAGUGUUGGCAUUCAAUCUGUGGCACUUUUGUCUUAGUUUUCAUGGUUUUGAUGAUGAUUAUAAUAUACCCGGUAAAAUUUUACUAAUGUCAACACCCAGUGUAAUCAAACUAAGAAUUCCAAAAAUAACACCAAAAAAAGUAUUUUUUUAUGAACUGUGCAUAUAGCAUAUAGCAUACUCUAUCAUAACCUAGUGUUACUAAACUCAAAAUUCCAAAAUGCACCAAUUUUUUAAAUUUUAUUCUGAAAAAUGCAUAGCAUUUUUUUAAAAUUAAAAAUGUAAUAUUUAUUUUCUAUCCAUUCCAUAACAUACAAUUGUUUGCAAAUGAACUUAGCAUUUGAAGGUUUUGGUGCAUUGAAUUGAGUAUGAAUUUUGCUCCACCCUAAAAAAACAAGUGAGUUUUUAAUAAAGUGCAACAUUUAUAGCAUGUCAAUCGACUUCACACAUCAACGAAAGCUGUCUGCCACUGUUGGUGAUUAAGCAUAUUCUUAACUUUUUAGUGUUACUACUUUAGGGCCAACUCAUAAACUCAUAAAGUAUCCAUACAUGUACAGUUUGCUGCAAAGUGCUCUAGUGGGUUAUCUGGGGUUGCUAGUUCAUGAGAUUUACAUCAACCAACCAAACAGCAUACUUUUAAUUACACAAUUGAAAAGUGCAACCUCUAUUGCCUAUAAAUUCAUUUCAAAGAAGGCAGAAUCUGCCGCUCUUAACGAUUGAGUGUAUUCUUUUACAUAUCAACCUGGAACUUACUACUUAGGGUAGUGAUGUUCCAAUGAUUGAUUAUAAUCGAAAAUCGAUUUGUUUGGUAUGAAAUUGACAACAAUCAAAUGUAUUUGGUCAUAAUCGAUUAUCGAUUGGCGAGUGGUUUUUCUUCUUUCGUCUCGGUACUUGCAUUUAGUUGUUUUUCCGACAAUUUUCUCCUUUGAGUUUUUUAUUCAUUUGGAAGUGUUCAGUCGUUAUCGGUAACAAAAUGGUUGACACAAAAUUACUUCAAACAUACCCAUAACAUAAGCAUAGUUAAGGAUUAAGAGUUAUUGUACAAGAAUAAAACUACAAUUAAGGUAUUGUCCCAAACCGAGUGUCCUAUCAAUAAUCGGUUACCGUAAAUGACUGGGUAUUAGACGCACUUUUUUCCCUCAGAUUUUGAUGCAAAAAAAUGCCUGCGUAUAAUACCCAGUAACAAUUUUUUGAACUUUUUUUCUGAGGUCAAUUUCAAGCCGAGAGUUUGUUUAGAUUUAUGUAGAAAGGAAUGUUACUCGCGUCAUAUUGAUCGAGUAUAUACGGGUUAAAACGGCAGUUGAAGAUCGGGAUACGGUAUAUCGUAAGACGUUUAUAAUUUCAACAAAAAUAUUUUUCGAUUUAAGUUACCGUAAUUCACCUAAGAGUUCGGACACUCUAAAUAUUUGGACACCCAUAAUUAUUUCCCAAAAUAAUUUAUUUUGCGUACCUAAUUUACGGACACCCAAAGGACAUCAAUCAUAACUUUCAUAGUUACCAAGUUUCACAGACGAAGAUUAUUGAUUUUUAUUUUUACACUGCCUGGCUAGAUUACCUAACCGUAUUCACCACUGUGACAAUUUAAUUAGUUACUACCCAUCCUAAACGAUUUAUUGCCUGUUGAAAAGGAAGUGUGAUAUAUUUAUUUGAGGAUUAAACAAACAACAAGGGCAAUCAAGGGAUUAAGAAAACAUCGACAUGGCAUGUUUGUAAAACGAUCUGCCAAUAAGCUUUCAAACUUGUACCACACUUAUAGACUAUAUGAAGCAAUAAUCGUACAGUUAUACAUUAAUUCUGCAUAGCAAUGUCCAUGCUCUCCACGAGAUCCUCGUGGGUAUAACUGUAAGUUAUGUGACGUCACACAGUGUGACUCUUUGAUCUGAAGCCGAUAGAAUGUGUUUAUUCAGUUCAGUGCAUGUAUAAAAUGGUGUUUUAAUUAACUUCAUGCAGGAUUUACACUUAUAGGCGUAAUAAAUAAGUUUAUGACCAUUGAUUACUACGGAUAAAUUAAUAAGUGGUAAAAAGCAAACAUGAAGAAAAAAGGCAGGUUAAACAAACAUGUAAAUAAAAUGUAAAAAUGAUAAUUUUCUAUGUAUUCGGAGAGCGAAAAAAAUAAUUUAUGGUGUCAGACCUCUUGUGAAUUACGGUAUUCAAUAUUAUUUUGAAUAAUAAAUUGAAUUAAACAAUAAUCAAACUUACAUAUAAAAAAGCAAAGUUGGGCACUGUCAAAAUAUUUUUUGCAUAACAUAACUUUUCAUUCUCGACAGUAUGGUUGUAUGGUUUUAAAGAUAACCAUCGCCAUUUUUACGAAAAAAAAUAAUUUUGUCACUGUCAACAAACAUGGUGGCUGAAAAUGCUGGAUGAUUUUGACAUUUUUUCUAUGCGUCCUUUAACCAAAAACAUAGAUUAAAAGUUUUUUUUCUCGGAUUUUUCACAGAUUUUUUUCCCUGCGUCUAAUACCCCCUAUCGUCUUAUACCCAGUCAUUUACGGUACUUGAGUUGAACCGAAUAUCGAUAGUCAAGUAGGGACCGUUUCCCAACACUUACAAAGGAGCAGGCUCAUCCCCCACAAAGAAGGAUCCAUAUUGUACAGUUUGCCUUGGAUCUAAAUCAACCAGCCAAUCAGAUUGAAGCUUUAAAUAAGGCUCUUUGAAGUGCAGAAAACUUAUUGUUUGAAAUUGCUUUUGGGGCGGUACAAAUCAAUGGUCUCUUUGUUGCAAAAACACAUAACGUUUAUGCUUUUAUUAGCUGAUUGGAGAAGAAGCUUUGCUAAGCUUAUUUGCAAACCAUAGUAACAGUUCUGACUGUAGAUAUACUUUAUGUACAAUUUUGUGUAAAUCUUGACAUAAAAUGUGGGCAAUUGAUAUGCAGUUAUUUCUUGUUAAUUUUAUUCCAUGUCUUUUAAACUUAGGUCGGCAUUUACAGUUUUCUUAUUUUUUGGUAAAAUAUGUUUAAUGAACUUAAAUCGAAGCACCUUAAAUUCAUUGUAUUGAUUGUUAGAAUGUGAUUAUUUUGAACAAAAAAUGAUAGAAAAUAAGUAGAUGUGAAAUAAGUAAAGCUUUUAAGAAUGAAUGUAAUAUUGUAUUUUUUGUUUAUUUUCUCACUACAUGUAAAAAUUGUAUUUUUUAAAGGGACAAGACACCAGGUGUUACAAAAUUGGCAAAUACAUUAUUUCCUCAAAACAAGCCUAGAAUUAUCAAUAACAACUAGUAUGAGGCUGAUAAUACAUCAUUUGACAUUAUUAAAAGAAUAUUUUGUUUACCCAUUUCAAAAUAGUGAAUAACGGUUUAUAGUGUGUAUAUUUAGCAUGUUAAAGUCACGUGAUUAGUACAGAUACAAAACCGUCGCUUUAAUUAAAUUUUCUGGGAUUUAAGUGGUAGACAACCCCAGUAAAUUUUGAAUUUGAAAAAUACGCAAAAACUACAAAGAUACAUGUGUCUAAAGCGAUGUGAUACAACAGUAAGAUACAAUACCUUGUACACAAUGAUAUCAAUUUUAUGUAAGUUUUUGACAUUUUUUUUCGUGCAAUGGUACCAUCUAGUGUUGUGUCCCUCUAAGUUACAAAAUAUGUGAUAAAGCCUCUCAUACUAUCAAUGUUGAGUUUUAGGUUGUGUGAUAGAACAAUUUAUUAUAUAUCUUUUUUUUUUCCACUUCUUAUCACACAUUAAGAUAAUAUUUCUGGUGGUGUAUCCACUGUUCAUUGGCAAAUUGUGGAUUGGAAAUAGGUUAUAUUUAUUACCGUACUCAAAAAACAUUUUAUAACAAGUUUCAUCAAAAAAUUGUGUUUAAAUAUAUUUAUAUGUGAUUGAAGGGAGAUGUGUCUUAAAUUGCCAUUAAAUGUGCAAUAUUAUAUUCUGUUCAAACUGUGAUUCUGUGAAGGGUAUAAAUGUUGCAGAAAAUGCAUGUUUCUUUUUUUUGUAAACGUAAAUUUCUGGAAAAAGUCAUAAUUUUGCGCUAUAUAUAUUAAGCGUGGUAAAAAAAUUUGGAAUGUUUGAGCACAGAUUAUUUUUUUAUAUUGAUAGUGCUGUAACUAUUUGUUUACAUACUAAGAAAACUAGGACUUUUUACCUCAUCAGAUUUUUUAAAGAAAAAAGUGGAGGUAAUGUGAUAGUGCUGGCUUCGAUGUCAUUAGCGUUGUUGGUAUGCACAAUUUUUAACCUUGUCCAUAACUUAAAAACAUUUCAAGAUAUAUUAAAAUGAAACUAGGUACAAAUGUUGCCAGAGACAAUACACACAUGUACAGUUAGGCUCGUAAUCUUAUCUUUAAUCUUUUUUGAGUUAUGCCCCUUUCUCGACUUAAAUUUAGAAGACAAUUAUUGACGUUGGCUCCUUGACGCUCCUGUUGUAGAUUUCGAGAAAGAAGCUCUUUAAAUAACAUUUAUACCAUUUAUAAAUUAUUAUUUGUUAUACGUUUCAUUUGCUGAAGUUAUGAAUUUUCUUUAUGGCAUACCAAUUUUUGACAGCUAUUACGUUGCAGUGUAUGCUAUAACUAGUAUUCAGAAAUUAGUUGUUAUUUCAUUUUCAAACAGCUCUUUUAAUGAGUUAUGAUUUUUCUCAUAUUGUGAAGGUUGUAUUAGCAAUGUGUAUAUUCAGUAUAAACUGUAAAUGUGAAACAAAUUCAUUAUAUGUUUUCCGAUGGUUUAUAUAGAUUUAUCAGUGAGAAAAAAGAUUUUUUACUUUUUCAACUAGUGAAAAUAUCAGUUUGAUGUUAAUGUGAAACCUAUUCAUUAUUUGUUUUCCUGUGGUUCAUAGCGAUUUAUCAGUGAAAUAAAAAUGAUGUUUCACUUUUUCAAAUAGUGAAAAUAUCAGUUCGAUAUUUUCACUGUUUUGAACUUUAAGCCCGUUCUACUAUCUGAAUCAAACAAAAGAGAGCACAGGGAAGUAACUCAGUAUCAAUAAUGUCAAUUUCAAAAUUAUGUUAUGUGUGCAUUUAUUUUGGGGUAUUAAAUACAAUAAAAUGUCUUUUAAUAGCACUUUUAGGCUUAUUGUAAAAAAAUAAUAUUGCUUGUUUUAAUCUAAGAUUGCAAUAUAUUUCGUUGGGAAAUAAAACCUUUUGUCCUCACUCAGUGAAAUAAAAAAAAAAUUAUAUUACUAUCUUGCACUCAAACAAACAGUAAUCAUCUAUAAAUUUGUUUCCCCAAAACCGUAUCUAUGCCAGGUUGUGAACCUUGAAAAAAACAACAUUACAUUGUGUGUAAAGUAUAUAAAAAAUUGGAAUGUCUAUUAAAAAUAUACAUUUUGUGCAACAAAUAUUAAAUUAAAUAUUAAAUCUACUUUGAUAUAGUCAGUAAUUAGUCAAAUAUGGUGAAAUGCUAUUUGCACCAUGGUGCUUUUGAGGAAAUUAUGAAUGGUUUGAUGACAUUUUCUCUCACUAUUUGACAUUAAUCGCAUGUUAUAAGCUUGUGUGCGUAUCUUCAUUUUCUCUACGAUUACUUUGAUGCUUGUUAUUUUUAGGACAAUUAAUAAAUAUAUGUUAUAUUUGAUUCCAAGAGAUUUAGUUUUAUACUGUGGUAAUAAAUUUACUGUUAUUGUCAUUUUGUUAGCUCGUAUAACACAUUGAACAUUUCAUUUUGCAAAGAUAUACUCAUCAUUUGAAAUAAAAUGAAAUUUA